AUGGUAAGUGCAUGCCACCGACUGCCAUGGACUGGCACUUCCAUUGUGCUCGUAGUGUGUCUGCAUCAGGUCUUCGGGAAGUCUUAUGCUGCCGCUGUCGGUAGCGACAGUUUCGUGGACAUGAUCAAGAAUACAAGUGCACACCGCACGAAGCUCUCCAUGCUUUCUGAGGGAGUGUUGAGAUCGGCGCAGACGGAAAGCUCGGAAGAGUCAGAGACCUUGAUGACUACCCUGGCCGAACCACUUGUGCAAGUGUCAGCUUCGAUUCUCUACCUCCUCUCACCUGUUCCGGUGUCGGGCUUGGAAAAAAUCGCCACAGCGGAUAAAGUGGUGACGAUCCUGAAGGGGUCAGCUGGUGGCAAGAGCCCGCUUCUCGGCUAUGUCAGAACUGCCUUCAAGGAAGUGCCCUUCUGGUCGCAGCUUUGGAAUGAAUCCAUGACACGGGGCACUUUGACAUUGGAGCAGGCUCCAAUGGUGCAAGCUUUGUGUGUGAAGCUUGACAACGAGGAGGUGCCUGUUUCCCUGCAGGACCUGACUGAGGCGGCCCAGACGCUGUCGAAGCUGAAGGACAAAGUGCGCACAGGGGCAUUGGCGGCUCUGGAGGCGUCUGUCCUAAACGUGGCGAAGGCUCGGGCCCUGAAGAUCGUGGAAGAGAAUGCCAAGGGAUGUUCCGCUUCCGAUUUGGAUGCAUUGCAGCAGACCUUCAAGAACACAGGUGUGCCCAACCCUGAGCUGUUGUCACUGGUCGGCAAGUUGCAAAAGAUCCAAUCGAGCCAGGCGGAGUCCUUGGCCACUGCCGACUUGAAAAGGCUCCUCGAUCUCCCCACAGGCCCUGACGGCUUCAACGACCUCCCCCCAUCCGAGAGCUUCUCCGGCCAGGCCAUCUUGCAGAUGUUCCGCAACGUUGCCACCGAUGCGUUGGCAGCAGACCCCACCAUCUUGAAGGGAUUGUGGCUGGCUGUGUAUUGGCUAUACCGGCUGGCCUUCAAAUCUCUUCGGGAUGCUUGGAUGAAAUGUCGUCACUGUCAGAGGUCAUGUGCUUUGGACUUUGGACAAGCAAUUUACCGGCCGCAUAAACAGAACAUUAACGGCUUAAGGUGGAACAGCUGGGGCCUUGACGAGAGCGACAUCAAAGUCAUCGUUGCGAAUGCGGCCUCCUUCCUUUCGAACCUGGGCCACCUGAGGAAGCUGGUGGACAGGCUGCCAGCAGACGACACCAAGUCAUGGUUCAUCGACAAUGUGGAUGGGCUGAAGGCAGGCAUGGGCUUUGCGCAAGCAAGGCAGGAGUAUGCCUCUCUUGGUCCUGAUGCCUGCACACAGCUGGAGCGUGACAAGAAUGGGGUGAAGCUGGAGCAGUUGCUCGUGGCAAGCAGGCAGCUCAGCAAGAUCUUGAAGAAGCUCGAGAGCCUCCCUCGCAAUGGUCCGGUGAAUGCCUCUUUUGCGGAGCUGCCAUUGCAGGACUUCCUCUGCGAUGAGCUGUUACAGCAGUGGGGGAAGGACAACGUGAUGCUUGAGGUGCUGAAAGCCAAGACCGAUGAUGUCUGUUCGGGGAUCCAGAAGCUGCUGUCGGAGCUGGACGAUAUCACGCAUAGCAACCACAAGGGAGGAAAGUGGAAGAGUGCGGUUCGGGACAACAUGUCCUUGAAGGAGACCCUCACCUGUGCCAACGCAGCCAUCAUGUGGAUCGAUGUCAACAAGCUGGAGGCUGCUCUGGAGGAAGGCACCUCAUGGCUGAACAAAGUGAGCAGCAUCUUCGAGGGCACGAGUGGUUUGGUGAAGGUGCUGCAGGUCGGCAAGACGGAAAUGAUUGACAUUCGUAUCUUCUUGCUCGAAGGAACCCUUGUUGUGCUUUGCCAGAAUGAUGACGAUGAGUCCAAAGUGAAGGGCUUUCGGUCUCAGCUUGCCGAGCUGGCAGACGGUCUGCCGGAGAACAAGGUCUGUGCUCAGUUGCUGGCGGAGGCCAAGAGUGUGUGCGAAGCAGCAGAUCGUGCAAAGGCUGCUGCAGGCCAAAGGCCCAAACUUAAGGUGUGA